GUGGGAGGCCGGGAGGGGGCCGGGACGCCGGGCUCGGGGGCGGGGGCGGGGGGCGCGGGCACCGGAGACCCCGGUGGCGGCGGCGGCGGCCGGGGGAAACCGCGGGGCCGGUCAUGCGGCUGCGGAGCCCGCGGCCCGGAGCGUCCGCCCAGCCCUGAGAGAGGCCCCGCAGGGCGCCCCCCGCCGCUCAGGAUGAGUCACUGCAGCAGCCGUGCCCUGACCCUGCUGAGCAGCGUGUUUGGUGCCUGCGGCCUGCUCCUCGUGGGCAUCGCGGUCAGCACGGACUACUGGCUGUACAUGGAAGAGGGGACCGUUUUGCCGCAGAACCAGACCACCGAGGUCAAGAUGGCACUGCACGCUGGCCUCUGGAGAGUCUGCUUCUUUGCAGGUCGGGAGAAGGGGCGUUGUGUGGCUUCCGAGUACUUUCUUGAACCAGAGAUCAACUUGGUGACGGAAAACACGGAGAAUAUUUUGAAGACUGUACGCACGGCUACUCCCUUCCCUAUGGUUAGUCUCUUCCUUGUGUUCACCGCCUUUGUCAUCAGCAACAUCGGCCACAUCCGACCUCAGAGGACCAUUCUGGCCUUCGUGUCUGGCAUCUUCUUCAUUUUAUCAGGUCUCUCCUUGGUGGUGGGCUUGGUUCUGUACAUCUCCAGCAUCAAUGAUGAGGUCAUGAACAGGCCCAGCAGCUCUGAGCAGUACUUUCACUAUCGAUACGGGUGGUCGUUUGCCUUCGCUGCUUCCUCUUUCCUUCUCAAAGAGGGGGCCGGAGUCAUGUCCGUGUACUUAUUCACCAAGCGCUAUGCGGAGGAAGAGAUGUAUCGCCCGCACCCGGCCUUCUACCGCCCGCGUCUCAGCGACUGCUCUGACUACUCGGGCCAGUUUCUGCAGCCCGAGGCGUGGCGUCGAGGUCGCAGCCCUUCCGACAUCUCCAGCGACGUCUCCAUCCAGAUGACGCAAAAUUACCCUCCAGCCAUCAAGUACCCCGACCACCUCCACAUCUCCACUUCACCGUGCUGAGGCUGGGCUCCCCCCUCUCCUCUUCCUCCUCCCUCCCCUCACCUGCCCUUCCCCAACGCGGCCCCAAUCCCUUAAGGGACUCUUGGCUGGGGGCUGCUGUGCCACCUCCAGGCCCCAACCCAUCAUCCUCAUUUCGAUGGCUCCCUCUUUCCAACCUCUCCUCAUUAGUCCGUUAUACUUCCAAAUGAUUCCCUCCCUUCACCUUCACCUGCCUAACCCCGGGUGUACCCGUCCCCUCUCCUGGUCCCUCUCCAACUCGGUUAACUAUCCUCUGGUGGUAUCUUGCACCUAGCUCCCCCAAAUCCUUCAGGCUCCCGCUUCCCUACAGGGUGCUGGGCUGGAGAGUGGGUGUGACAGCCACUGGGAAUGCCCUUGAACUCCCUUCUUUCCUAGCACAACACCACGUGCCCUGCAGGUCCCUGGUGGUGGCGGGUGGGAAGAAGCUUGCUCUGCCCACAUCUGCUGGUCGGGUCAGGGGCUGCAGGGAUACGACUGUGGCUUACCUUGACUUUUCCUUUUCUGUCGCCUCUGGGAGACACUAUUUCCUCUCUUUCUGUUGUCCUCUGGAAGGUGACCUUCCUUCUAAUAGAUCCUUCUUCUUUCUUCUUCCUUCUCCACCCUCCUCCUCCCUGCCCUCCACCCCCCUCUUCUCACUUCUCUCUUUUCCUUCUUCCACCUGCUCAUCCGAAGUCCCUAGGUGCAUCUGGUCUCUCACACCAAACAAGGAUGGGACCCCAGGGUGGAGGGAGGUUCCCUCAUGCUAUCUCCACGCCUGUGCCCGCCUCUCCCCCCUCGAGGUCCCAUCGGGGGAGGGAGGGGCAGUAGCGGGGGUUAACGCCCCCCAAAACCUGUCUUCCAUUUUCUGGUACUCCCUCUCAUCCAUGUCCCUCUUCCCAUCUCAGUUUCCCUAACUCCGGCCUUUUUCAAGGGCCCGUCCGCCCCCUUGGACAGUUUGGGGGGGGGGGGUUGCCAGAAAACCACCCAUCCCACUCCCUUUAUUAGGGGAGGAGGGGCGAGGUAGCACAGUGUUAACACACGGAACCAGAACGGCCCCGGGGUGGGGGGAGGGGACG